CGUACUAUUUCGGCGUCAUGUGAAUUUCUAGCUUACGCAAUAUAUUAAUAAGCCACAGAGUUAAUUCCGGAAUCUCCUGAGAUUCAGGGUGAAAGAUAACCAGUGCCAAGGUUGAGGUGAAGAAGAAACUUCUCUAUAUAGGAACAAGCGGCGAGUCGCUAAGUUAGUUGGCUGGCGUAUCGUCGCUUGACCAGGCGGUUUAGCGAUAUCGAAUCGUAUAGUCUUACAUUAGUUAGAAAGUUUCUUGAUUACUAUCAUGCCACCAGUAGCAGUGCCUGAUGAGGCUCCAAAGAAAAAGCUUCGUGUGGCGAUAAUAGGACAGAGCACGUUUGGAGCGGAAGUGUUUAAGCUUCUGCAGAGAGAUGGACACGAAGUGGUUGGAGUUUUCACAGUCCUGGAUAAAGGAAACAGAGAGGACCCUCUGGCUACAAUUGCGGCACAGAACGGAAAACCAGUGUUCAAAUACAAAACAUGGAGAAUUAAAGGAAAAGUUAUCCCGGAGGUGCUAGAGGACUAUAAAUCGGUAAACGCAGACAUCAAUGUGUUGCCCUUUUGCACACAGUUCAUUCCAAUGGAGGUGAUCCUGUACCCAAAGUAUCAGAGUAUUUGUUAUCAUCCUAGCAUUUUACCGAGGCAUAGAGGGGCAUCGUCUAUUAACUGGACACUAAUAGAAGGCGACACAACGUGCGGCCUGACAAUAUUCUGGGCUGACGACGGCUUAGACACCGGGCCAAUUUUGCUGCAGAGAAGCUUCCCAUGUACCAUCGAUGACACCGUAGAUAGCUUGUACAACAAAUAUCUUUAUCCAGAAGGCAUUAAAUCGUUAGCGGAAUCAGUUAAUUUAGUAGCAAAUGGAACAGCACCAAGAAUAGCUCAAACUGAAGAAGGCGCUACUUAUGAUCCAGCUUUGUUCAAGGCCGAAACUCAUCAAAUUGACUGGUCAAAGGGCGGCAUGGCAUUACACAAUUUCAUCCGAGGUCUUGACUCCUCACCUGGAGCCACCACGUUUAUAAAGCCACAAACGAAAGAUGGAGUGUAUGAAAACAAUGACUCAACAAUUGAAGUUAAAUUCUUCGGGUCUUCACUUUGGGAAGCUGAAUAUGAAGCAGAAGGUGACAAACUGAUUUUGCCUGGCUUGAAUAAACCUGCCGUAAUACAUGAAGCUGGUUUGUUAAUAACUGCUAAUGAUGGAGUUAGGCUUAACAUUCAACGGUUAAAAGUUAAUGGAAAGAUGAUCAACGCACAAAACUUUUUUAAAACAAAUGAAAACAAAGUUUGCCUGGAUUUGAGCGCAGAAGAAAAGAGAUUUGUUGAAAGCGUUCGCGAUGUUUGGAAAGCAAUAUUAAGAGUAGAUAUAGAAAGUGAUACAGAUUUUUUCAGUUCAGGAGCGGGCUCCAUGGACGUUGUUAGAUUAGUUGAAGAAAUAAAAGACUUAGCAAAUAUAGAACUACAGAAUGAGGAUAUUUAUAUGAAUACAACCUUUGAAGAAUUCUACACAAUAGCUAUUCUUAAAGCAAGAGGUGCUGUCGGCACUAAAGAAGUUGUAUACGAAGGUGUAGAAUUAGAAGUAAAUAAAAUGAAAGUUAAAUUUCCAACUCAACUGUUUAUCAAUGGUGAAUUUAUUAAUUCGGAUAGUGGGAAAACGUUAACGUUAAUAAAUCCUACCGAUGAAUCUGUGAUAUGUAAAGUUCAGAGUGCUUCAAAAUCUGAUGUAGACAGGGCAGUGAAAGCUGCUCAAAAGGCUUUCGAGGUUGGAGAAUGGUCCAAGAUUAGUGCUAGAGAAAGAGGAAACCUUUUAUUUAAGUUAGCAGAUCUAAUGGAACAACAUAAAGAAGAACUGGCAACAAUAGAAAGUAUUGACUCGGGAGCAGUUUACACGUUAGCCUUGAAAACCCACGUUGGAAUGUCCAUCGAAACGUGGAGAUAUUUUGCGGGAUGGUGCGAUAAGAUCCAGGGUGCCACGAUACCAAUAAAUCAUGCUAGACCUAACAGAAAUCUGACUUUAACGAAGAAAGAACCAAUUGGAGUGUGUGCAUUGAUAACACCAUGGAAUUAUCCUCUUAUGAUGCUUUCUUGGAAGAUGGCUGCCUGCUUAGCUGCUGGGAACACAGUCGUUAUGAAACCAGCUGCUGUAUGUCCAUUAACAGCCCUCAAAUUCUCAGAAUUGUGUGUACGUGCUGGUAUUCCUCCGGGCGUAAUCAACAUUCUACCAGGAAGUGGAACGGUGUGUGGACAAGCAUUAGCCGAUCACCCGCUUGUCAGGAAACUGGGCUUCACGGGCAGUACAGAAAUUGGACAAACUAUAAUGAAAUCGUGUGCAGUAUCAAACAUGAAGAAAGUCUCACUGGAAUUAGGUGGGAAAUCUCCGUUGGUAAUCUUUGAGGACUGUGAUCUUGAAAAAGCUGUUCGAAACGGUAUGGCGUCAGUAUUCUUCAACAAAGGGGAGAAUUGCAUAGCUGCCGGUCGACUUUUCGUCGAGGAGAGGAUACACGAUGAAUUCAUUAGGCGUGUUGUGGAAGAGACCAAGAAAAUAACCAUAGGCGAUCCUCUGCACAGAGGAACAGCUCAUGGACCGCAAAACCAUAAAGCGCAUAUGGACAAACUUCUAGAGUUUUGCGAACGCGGUAUAAAGGAAGGUGCCAGGCUAGUCUUUGGUGGUAAACGCGUAGAUAGACCAGGAUUCUUCUUCCAACCUACCAUCUUCACCGACGUCACUGAUGAAAUGUUUCUUGCAAAAGAGGAAUCUUUUGGACCUAUUAUGAUUAUUAGCAAAUUCAGUAGCAAAAACUUGGACGAAGUCAUCCGACGAGCAAACAAUACAGAGUAUGGCUUAGCUAGCGGCGUCUUUACACGCGACAUUUCCCGCGCUCUUCAAUUUGCUGAACGCAUCGAUGCGGGCACUGUUUUCGUCAACACUUACAACAAGACAGAUGUAGCUGCACCUUUUGGAGGCUUUAAGCAAUCUGGAUUCGGAAAAGAUUUAGGGCAAGAAGCACUCAAUGAAUAUCUUAAAACAAAAUGUGUGACUAUAGAAUAUUGAAAUGUAUAUUAAUAGAUUAGAUUUAUAGCCUAGAUUAAUUACUGUUAGUUUUAUGUGACAGGUAGGUGCUAAUUAUUGUGAUAUAAGUCUCUACACUUAACUAAAAUUAGAGGGCUGCAAGUAGUUAUUUCCUUUUCACAAUGUUUUCCAUGUAAAAGGAUAACACUAUCUCAUACCUUCCCAUUUAGUUUAGUAUAGAAUUGAUAUAGGUUAUGUAAGACUAUAUUUCAGAAUAAAUUUGGCAUUAUAAACAAGGGUAGGUUAAAUUGUGUAUGAAAUUUGUACCUACCAUUAAAUAUGUACCUACUAGGAUUAUGUUUUUUUAAAUGUAAAUAUUUAAAUAAGUAAGUCAAUAAUUUAGUUCGUAACCUUGCUUAUUACCUACUAAUAUAACUAUGAUUUUGAAUACAAGCUCAAGCUUU